UUGAGAAAUAUUCUUAUUGAACCUCUCAGGGAUAAUUUUAUUGUUUUGUAAAUAGCAAAUAGUGUCAAUUUUUAUGGUUUAUUUCACCUUUAUAUUCACAUUUUUAUUUCAAUUGCAUUCUGAUGUUUUUAUAUCAUAUUCUCGGCAUAACUUGAUUUUUGUUAAAUUGCUGUAUUUGAAUUUCGCGCUGUUUCUAAAUCUUUGCCAUAGAACUCUUCAGUACCGGAAGUUACAAAAGUUAAGAUAUAUUUUCAUUUUAUGCACACGUUUUCGGGAGAGUACAAAAUCAUGGAAUUUGUUAACAAUAAAUGUUAUUUAAGCAUUUGCAACUUGUGCACUAAGACCAUUAGAGUCCCUUGCACCCUCAAAGCAAAGCCAUUGGAACGGCUAAUUCCCCAUCUUGAGUACCAAUUCCCCAAACAACCAUAGCAUAAACUCAUUUAAGAAGUUUACUGGUGGAGAACCUUCAAGAUCCGAAGACUUUCAUCAUGAAGCCAAGCAACAAUGACCGGAUGCAGUUAAGAUCUCAGGCAGACUCUGGAGCCACUGGAGGGACGGAGGACACCGAACUCAACAGUUUGGAACAAGAAUCAAGUGAGCAAAGGCCAACAAAUCCUCCUCCUCCCCCACCAACAACCCAGACGGCACCACCAAAAUCUACUGCACAAAGGACGUUAACACAAACAACGUCAACAAAUGUCCAACCGGUUAUAACUGCAACAACACAGCCAAGCAUGGUACCUAGACAACAAUACCAGCCACCACCACCAAGGGUAACAGUGCACUUAACACCCUACAACGGCAUGACGUCCCCCUUCAAUGGUGGAUGACAUUUAUGUCAUAUGUCAGUCUGUAUGCCUUGACCGAUCAGCAGGCAUUAGACAUAUUCCCAUUCAACACAACAGAAAUUGUGAAACAUUGGUUUUUAACACUUGGAGACCAGUUUAAGGUCAACUUGACUGUGUUUAAGCAGGCCUUCCUUCAAAGAUUUAGACAAG